GAGACCGGAUUCGGAUAGUCGGAAAGUCCAGUUGAAUGUCUAUGAAAAAGUGCAUCUCGUUUUAUACUUCAGCCACACGCUCGAGAACCCUCACCCUCACGCCGUUCUCGAGCGUGUGGCUGAAGUAUAAAACGAGAUGCACUUUUUCAUAGACAUUCAACUGGACUUUCCGACUAUCCGAAUCCGGUCUCAACAGUCUGGAGUCUUAUAAGGAUCUCUUGAAAACCUAUGGAGGUUUCUAGAAACCCCUUUAAUUUACCAAAAAAGUUUUCAAAUUACAUAACUGAAGAGAGCACAAAAUUAUGAACAAAAUGAGAUAUUGUUCAUAAUUUUAGCAAUUAUUUUAAAAAGGUGAGAUGUUCAAGCAAAAAUGGUUUACUAUAAAAAGCUAAUUUUUAGAUUGGCGAGUUUAUGGCUUAGAAAAACUGAAAAACUAUCAGUGAUACCUCAUUUUGUUCAGAAUUUUGUGUUCUUUCCAGUUAUGUAAUCUGAAAGCUUUUUGGUAAACUUAAGGGGUUUCUAGAAACCCCCAAAGGUUUAGACGCUGAAUUUUCCAUCGAGCGGACUCUAGAAAAGCGUCCAGAACUCAGAAAAUAUCCGGUUGUUCUUGAUAUUGAAAAUCACUGCACAUUUUCUCAACAAAAAGAGAUGGCUCGUAUUCUUAAAGAAGUUUUAGGAGAUUAUCUGCUAACAGAAGCGAUAUUCACCGAUGAUCCAACUGUUUUACCAUCGCCUGACGAACUGAAAUAUAAAGUGUUAGUGAGAAGUCCACAAGUUACUCCGCUGAAAGCAUUACAAUCUAUGAAUCUGCAACUGCCUCUAUGGACAAAAGCAGUGGAGCCUGAGUUUGAUAAAUUACUUCCUUACUUACGGAAUGUCCUAUAUGAUACAAAAACUAAUUAUUCUUGCAUCGAAUCACCUCAAUUAUCUGAAUUUACAUUUGAUAACAUUACAAAGUCGAAGAAUUCGCACGAUUUCAUAAAACAAACUCAAGGUUCAGUAAUGAGAGUAUAUCCAAAAGGAACAAGACAGGAUUCAAGUAACAUGAAUCCACUUAACAUGUGGAAUUUAGGAGUACAAAUGGUUAAUUCAGAAUUUAAUCCGUUAGCAUCAAACGAUGUAUCUAAGCAACGAUUAACUCUUCGCAUAAUUAGUGCUCAAUAUUUAUCAAGACGAACACCCACUAGAGAUAUUGUUGAUCCGUACGUUAAAGUUUUUACAUAUGGAGUAAACAGUGAUUGUCAAGAGGAAAAAACACGUGCUAUAAUCGAUAAUGGUGGGUUGACAGAGACUAAAAAAAUAGUUCAUUGUACAAAUGAUUUACUUUUAGGAUUAAAUCCAACUUGGAAUGAAACAAUAGUGUUUGAAAUCAGUGUGCCUGAAUUAUGUCUCGUACGAUUUGUUAUUUUUGAUAGAGAUAUCAUUGGUUUUGACGAUAUUCUAGGCUCAUUUUGUUUACCUUUGACGACAAUUCAAACAGGUUAUCGUCACAUUCAUCUUCGUGCAAUGGAUGACAAUCUGACGUACUCAACACUAUUUGUUCAUGUCGAUGUACAACAUUUGACAGACGACUCAUGCGUUAGACUCUAA